GGCUGACUUUGAAUUGGCAAGUGCACAGUUUCCGAAUUCUAAAACCUCACACGCUGGUUGCGGUGAUCAGGAUGAAUCUUGGUAUUCCACCAUGGAUAAUCAGGUUUAUUUAUUUUCAGGACUUAAUAGUACCUGGUGGGCUGCAACACCACGGAGUCUGGCGGUUCGACGUCGCCGAGGAAAUGUGCCUUGCUGCCACCGCGCCCCACGCUGCUGCAAGGGUCGCACGACGCGGAGUCCAGGGGGAGGGUUGGCUCGCGCCACGUCCGGCCGCGCUGGGAACUCGAGGCCCCAUUGGCCGCGUUGGAAGGCGCGGCAGAGGCUCGUGCGCCAACGGUCCCGGGGUACGCGGCGGGCCUGGCGCAGGCAGGAGGGGGCAGGGCGCAGCGAAGGCCGGGCAAGGGGGAGGGGAUCGAGAACGGGGUGGAAGAGCCAGGCUCUGCUGGGCGAGGCCCAGUGCCCGGGCGGGGGCGAUGGAGGAGGCGCUGCUCUCCACCCCCAUCAACCCCAACAACUUCCCCGCCAAGCUGUGGCGGUUGGUGAACAGUCCCCGGUACCGCUCGAUCCGCUGGGACGGCCGUGGCGAGGGGCUGCUCAUCGACCAGCCGCUCUUCGAGGCCGAGCUGCUCAGCCCGCCCGGGGCGGGGGCCGGGGGCGGUGGCGGCAGCGGCGGUGUGGGGGGCAACGGGGCCGAGCCCGAGCUCUUCAAAACCACCAACUUCACCAGCUUCAUCCGCCAGCUCAAUCUCUACGGCUUCCGCAAGGUGGUGCUGGGCGGGCCGGGCGCGGCGGGGCCCGGGCCAGGGCCCGGGGGCGGCGGACCGGCGGGCGACGGGCCGCUCCACCACUUCCACAGCCCACACUUCCGCCGCGACCAGCCGCAGCUGCUGGUGCACCUCAAGAGGCUCACCAGCGCCAACAAGGCCAAGCUGGCCGCCGGCCUGGAGGUGCCCUGCCGCCCGCCCAACCGCUUCCAGAGGCUCCUCAUUACGUCGGCCUCCGCCUCGGCCUCGGCCUCGGCCUCGGCCUCGGCCUCCACCUCCCCGCUGCAGCACCAAGAGCCGCCGCCACCCGCGGGGCCCCGGCCCGAGCCGCAUGGACCAGUGGCUGUAGGACAAUUCCACCGGUCAUUCCGGCGAGAUAGUUUGUCUCCUUACUCCUACGUAUCAACUUCAUCCCACAACCAUAGUACUUUCCCUCUGAAAGGUUUAGAUCGGACCCUGAUUCCUCCUAGAACAUGGCAGAACUCCCUUGGAAUGCAUCCAGGACAAGUGGAAACGUCUCCCACUUUUUCAGAUAAAGGGGUUCCAUUUCCUGUACUGCAGAGGUUUCCGACUGAGGUUACCUAUACCCUGCAGCCAAGCGCCACAUCUGUACACGUUCAGCAAGGUCCUCAAACAAUGGUCAGCUCCUCCCAAAAAUACAGUAACUACACACCCUCAGCGCAGUACUCCCAAGCCUACUAUCCAACAGCUGUACUACAGUGCUGCUCUCCUUCUACCCACAUGGACGCUCUAAGUAGUUGUGUGACUCCCACUGCCUCUUCCUAUGCACACUGCAACUACUUCCAGAAUCCUCCAAUGCAAUCCUCCUAUCCAGUUGAAUUUCUGCCUUCUAAUUGGCCUUGCAGUACUACUGAUGAAAAUAAAAAGACAGAAGUAAACCUAGAGGCUGUUUUUCAGAUAGUAGAUGAAUUGCAUUCCUCCCCUAAAUUGGAGAUGGUGAAGGUGGAGCCUGUUGAGAAUCAGUGCCCAACAUCUCAGUCUAACAGAGGCCAGCAUAUCGUAGCUAAUUCAAACAACAGCAAUCCAUCUUCCACAAGUCAGGCUAGCCAGCUGGAGCCACUUACUCCUGUAGGCUCAGACAUUACAUCUUUUGUAGUUGGAACAGAACAAGCAAUUACCUGCUCUCUACCACAGUCACCUGAGUACAUCUAUACCAUCCACACAGCUCAGCCUGUUGAAAAUACUACAGUGCAGGAAUCUGCAGCCAUCCAACAAGCUCAUGUCAAACUGAAGGAGCAGCUAAGUCAUAAUCCAUCUCCAUCUUCAGUAGUAUUUGUGCAAGAAGGGCUACCAUUCAGCACACACCAGGUGGAUGCCAGUAUAAAAUGCCAGACCAAUCCACCUGAGAAUAUCUUGCCUUCAGAACAGAUGGGAUUCCUCAUUUCAGAAAUGGGCCCUGCUAGCAAGCCUAGUAAAGACACAGGUUUAUCCACUCCAGCCAGAUACAGAGAGCGAAGAAGCAACUCGCAGCAAGGAAAGUCCCCUGAUCUUCAUCUGCUGGUGGACGUGGCCUGCAAACAGGAGCACUUUCCAAAGGAGGAAGAAUUAAAAGAGUGAGGAAUGGAGGACAUACGUGACAUUGUGCACUAGCUGUAGCUGAGGGCAGACUAGCCUUGCACAUGACACACUGUUGGGAGUUUUUCAGUUCUGUUAAGGAAAAAAAAAAAAAGUAUUUUUGUUUUGUUAAUUGAGAAUUUUGUUAAUUGAGAAUUGGGAUUUUGGUAUUUACUACAGCUUUUCAGUUCAGAUUAUUUACCUUGACAAACUAUUAAACAUCUAGCAGCCUUUUUUUUUUUUUUUUUUUUUUUGCGUCCAGAUCCCUUUCAAAUGGAAAGCCCUGGCCUUCUGUUACAGUCAAGAAGCAUCUAAAAACUGCUGCAGCUAUGGUACUGGAGAAUAAUCUGUGUGUGUGUGUGUUGAUUUGCUGUCUUGCCACUCUCAAACUUUAGUCAGCACAAUUCCAGAGGGGGAGUUCAGUCUAUCUGUUUCAAGUCACACUGUGAUCCUUCUAGAGAAGACUGUGCGAAACAAAGGCAUGUGAGGUCACCAAGAUCGCAGGUCUAAAUGGGUCAGGAAUUCCAGGGAAGAAACUCUGAGAAAGAGCUAAUUUUCUAACUGAUUAACCAGGAAAUGCUCUUACUUCCUAACCCAACAUUCUGUUUCAAAAGCGAGGCACCUGGACUUGGACCAUCCAUCACACUUAACAGCUCCUGAUUGUUUUAUAUUAAUGGGAGCAUUCUUCUAUUUUCAUAUCUUUCUUUAAUUUUAAUGAUACAUUAUCAUAAAUGGUAAGAAGGUUUUGUUAUAUAUCACUUAUGUAAAUGUCUUCUAAAAUUUUUUUAAUUUGUUUAAUAUAUUUAUAAAUGCUGGUAGAGUUAAAAGUUUUAAAGCUUUAUAUUUUUAUUAAGAUUGCACAAUAGAAGGAUAAAGGAUGCAUGUGUAAGAUAUUUAUUUUGAAGGGGAAAUGUGUGAACAAAAACAUUAAGAGAUUUAACACUGUUUUCUUACUUUAGAUUUUUACAUUCGGUACAUGUAAAUUCUCAUCUAUAUAUACUGUGUGCAAACUUUUGGGAAAACCUGAUCAGUCAUUUAACAGAAGCUAUACCUCUGACAUUUUUAAUAGUUUAUGUCUGGUUUAAGCUUCUGAGAGAAUUUUGGAUAGUGGGAUAUACCAUAACAUUUUUAUUUUAUCCCCUCUGAAGGAUUCUAAAUUCGAGUAGUAGGAUUGUGGGACCGGUUUUUAGGAGAGGUAUCUUGGGUGUCCACUUUCUGUGGUUGAUCCCUCACUUGCUCAUCUAGUGAUAGCAAGAAACUUUAUGAUUUUAAAGUCUUUUACACUGACUAGAACUUUAUUAUUGGAUUCUGCUUUGGUUGUCCUAAUAAGAAUUGCAGAAACAAAAGGAAAGUGUAGGAAUAUGAAACUAAUUAAAAAGAAAAGGCACUUAGUGAUAUGACAUAAAUACUAUGCUAGUCAUUGUGGGUGUAACAAUUCAUCUCUUAAAUUGCAUUGUGCCUUCCCAAUGAUGUCAAACCAUAGACGUGUUAACAGAGAUAGUAGUUUUUUGGAAAAGGAUGAGUUCUGUAUUGGUCUGCAGUGACUCAGUUUAGAUAUGAAAGUAGGUUCUGAAAAGUGACCUGUUUGGUCCGUCUGAUUAGAUUAGUUGAUGUCCACGUGAUGGGCAUUUAUUCAUCUUUAUUAGCAAGGUUUAAAAAAGAUGAACAGAUUAUCAAGACUCCUCCAUCUUUUGGCCAGACUAUGUAUUUUGGCAGAGUAUGUGAAGAGGAGACCCAAUUUCCAAAUGAAGGAACUUUGCCUUUUCUCUGUCAUGUUGAGAAGCUGACAAACUGUGUAGGUGACAUUCCUUCCCUUAAUAUGCCUUUUUAGCUCUGUAUCUGUUGAAAGAGAUAAUAUCCUUUGAGGAACAUAUGUCAAGCAGAAACCUUGGCAUGGCUUAAUUAAUGAAAUGCCUUUAUCAGCUUUCCAAACUUUUUUAUAUGUGAAUACAACAGACCAAGGAGCUGGAUCUCCUGUUAUACUCACAUGCCUGCUAUCUAUCAACUAAAGCUAUCAUCGCUGACUUGGGAAAAAUGUCAGAAGAUAAAAUAAAAUCUUUGUGUGAAUUGGCCAGUAGGGUCUGACGCAUACUAACAAGGUUUCUGACUAGCUCCUCAGUAUUUCAGCACCUUAAGCACAAUAAAUUUCAAUCAGUCAACAAUAAAGUGAGUGUUUCAACUGGA